AUGGCUUAACCCACUGAGCCACCCAGGUGCCCCCGUCUCUUCUCUUCUUAUGAGGACACCAGUCAUACCAGGUUAAGGGCCUGCCUGACCUACUCCAUGACCUCACCCCGACUACAUCUGCAAGGACUCUGUUUCCACCUAGGGCCACGUUCAUGGGGGAUGAGGGUAGGGACUUGAGCAUUUGGUUUUGUGGACACGGUCCAACCCCAUCCCUGUCUUGUGAGCAGAUCCCCCACCUCUUCACCUGCCCUGCCCACACCCUCACUGCGCCCCACUCCCUGGUGUACCCAUGGAGACAUGGCGAGGGGGGUGACCCUGGGAGGGAACCGCCAACUCCCCGGAGACUGUGCCCACAGGUGUCCGUGGCCUUCCAGGACCUGGCCGUGAGGUUCUCUGAAGAAGAGUGGCAGCUGCUGGGGGAGGGGCAGAGGGCCCUCUACCGGGACGUGAUGCGGGAGAACUACGAGACGCUGCGCUCCCUGGGGACAGAUGGGCUGCUCCCCCUCUCGGCCUUCCUGUCGCCUGCGGAGCCCGGAGGAGCCAUGGAAGGCAGGCGCUAUGCUGGUGAGGGGCAGGAGACUCCCAGGGGAGGAGGCCCCCUGGGAGGAGCACCCCCGCACAGCCUGCACCUCACUGCCCUGGUGCAGCUGGUCAGGGAGAUUCCAGAGUUCCUGUUCGGGGAGGUCAGCCCGGAGACCGAGAGCGGGAGCGGGGCCGUCAGCCUGGACGGGGAGCAGGGGAACCCUGAGGUAGCAGCUGGGACCAUGAAGACUUGCCCUUUCCGAGGCCUUCUCAGCUGCCUUCCAGACACGUCCACUGGCUGGCCCCGCAUGGCCACCACGUCUAGCAGCGGCUCAUCGUCCAGCAGCCCGCCUGGAGCCGGGGGCCAGGGGAGCCCCCUCCCCUUCAAAACUGCUGACAAACCAAGAUCUACAGAGAAGGACAGCCCAGAAGCCCCAGGUGGGGAGCCCAGCCCUCCUGCCUGUAGCCCCAGCAGGAAGAAGGGCCAUGGAAGACAGGAGAAAGGGACCCUGGGGACAGGUGCCGUGGGAAUCUCCCCUGGGAACAGCCCCUUGCAAGGCCUUAUCAACUGCCUGAAGGAGAUCCUUGUGCCUGGGUCCCAGCACCCUGAGGUGUCCCAAGGCUUGCUGCCUCCCGUCGCCGGCCAGGGCGCCCCUCAGCGAACCAGAGCGGAGCUGGGGCCUGAGAGCCUGCCCUGGGAAGUGAAGACAGAGGCAGCUUCCGGGGCUUGUCCCCUGCAGGGUCUGCUGAACUGUCUGAAGGAGAUCCCGGAGGCCCGGCACAGGCGUCCCAUCCCCUUGGGAGUGGGGGACCCGCCACUGCAGGAGGACCCAGGGGCUUGCCCAAGGAAUUCUGGAGGGCCCAAACCCCUCCAGACCCCUCCUCCGGGUCCCGGUCCGGGAGCUGGCAGCGCGCUCUCCACGGUGAAGCUGGAGGACGGCUGGGCCCGGAGUCCCCCAGUGCCUGCAUCCUGUCAGCUCAGCAAGUGGACCCGCAGCCCCUCUGCCACCAGCAGCCAGGGGGGCAAUGGAGAAACCAGAGGGGUCCAAGUGCCCAGCUGGGGUCCCCUAGCUCAAGCCGGCAGUGCCUCGAGCUCACCCCUGGAAGCCCUGGAGGCCUGUCUGAAGGGCAUUCCCCUGAGUGGGUCGUUACCUCCCCAGCCGCUGGCCGCCUCUGGAUUCCGGAGCCCUCAGCCGGGAGACCCCGGGUCUCAGAGGCCCGAGCUACAGCCCUGCAGACCCCACAGUGAAGAGGCAGCUGGGGGUCCUCUUCUGGCUCUGAGUCUGCCGGCCUGUGUGAGAGACAGCCCUGCCUUCCUGUCGGGUCCCCACAGCACCCCUCCCAGCUUCUCCUCAUCCAGCAGCACCGAUGGGGACCUGGACUUCCAGAGCCCUGGGGGCAGCCAGGGACGUCCACGGGGAAAAGGAAGCCCAGUGGGAAGCUCCCCGCUCCAGGGCCUGGAGAACUGUCUCAGAGAGAUACCUUUGCUCAGGCCGCAGUCAGCCUCGUCCUGGUCCUCGGCAGGGGACAGGGCGCUCCAGAGGGGGGAGCCCAAGAACUGGACGGCAGACAAGGAAGGACUGAGAGGCGAGGCCGGGGAGCCAUUUCAUCUGGGACAGAGUCAGGGGGAAGCAGCCACCAGCAGCUUCCAGCUGGCCAGCCCCCAGGCGCUUACAUCCAGCGGUGUCCCCGUCUGCUACCAGCGAGGGCUCAAAGACCACGGGGCUGCCAGGCCGGGGCCGUGGAGGUGGCUCCCAGACGGUGCCGCCCCGAAGCCCUCCCCGCUCCGCUGUCUGGAGAACUCUCUGAAGGGGAUCUUGCCAGGGAGGCCCUUGCGCUUCGCCUGCUUGGCGGGUCCCAGCCCCAGCCCCGGCUCCAGCUCGAGCUCCAGCUUCAGCAGCUCAGAAGGAGACGAGCUCUGGCAGCUGCUCCCACAGGGAAAAGCAGAAGAGAAGACGGGGGGCAGGUUCCAGUUGCCCUGGAGAGACGUGUCAUCGGAAACCCCGGGCCGGCCUGCGCCCCCGGGCAGUGCCGGAGGAGGAGCCGCUGGGAACCCCUGCCCUGCCGCUCAGCCCGAGAAAAGGCCUGGCCCGGGGCCCUGCCAGCCUCCUGGAUCAGUUCCUGGAUCCCUGGCCUGGAAGCCCAGGGUCGGUGAAGAAUCCAGGGGUCUGGGGCCUGGAAACGGAAGACCCAGUGUUGCAGCGGGAACCCACGGGAAGCCACUUCCCGGAGGCCUGCCAGAGCCGCCCGCUGCGGCUGCUGUCCGGCCGGCUUUGCUGCAGGCGCCCCCACCGCCAUGCCCCUGCGGAAGCUGUCUGCAGCCCGAGCUCCGCAGCCUGGGCGCUGCCCUCUCCGAGAAGCUGGAUCGGCUCGCUGCGGCCCUGGCAGGCCUGUCUCAGGAAGUAGCCACCAUGAGGACCCAGGUGGAUCGGCUGGGGAGGCGUCCUCGGGGCCUUGGGCCCAAGUGCCAGGCUUCCUGGCCGUGGGCCCCCUCCCGGGGCUCUCGCUGGGCUCAUGGCCCUGCGCACAGACACCUGCCCUACUGGAGACAGAAGGGCCCCACCAGGCCGAAACCAAAGAUCCUGCGUGCUCAGGUGGAAGGCGGCAGGGCUGGUGACACCUCAGGCCUUUCCUGCCGAAGGUUCCGCCCGGCAUCCCAGCUGCCUCCGGACACCCCCACAGCAGAACCUUCUGGACCCAGUUCCAGCCCUUCCCAGCAGCCGCUCUCCUCAGCAUGCAGCUGCCGCGCCGUGGUGCCUCUGCAUGCCUCCCUUGGACACUCUGUGGGUCCCCGGAGUCCCCCCACCCCUACAGUGCCUACUGCCACCUUACCCCCACAGAUGGCAUCUGCAAGCAGAGUCGAGGCAGAGCCGCUCUUCGCGGCUGCGGUGCCACCGGGGGCUCAGAGCCGGCCCAAGGAUCCAAACAGCCUGAUGGCGGGGGUCCAGAGAGCCCUUGAGGAGCAGCUGUGGGGUGGGGAACACAGGGUCCCGAGGUGGGGCGCCCCUAACCACCUUCUUCAUCAGCUCAGUCCCGCUGAAGCUGUCCAGAGCCUGGCCACUUCUCCUAGGGGCUGUCCCACGCCCUCACCCUGCUCCAACCGAACCUUCCCUGCUUCCGGGCCGUGAAGGUGCUGGGAGUUCCGCCAUUGGCCUGAGCACCCCUGACUUUGUGCCGCUGUUUGCUCAGGGAGGCCACUGUUCGGGGCGCAUUUCUCAGCCACGCCUGUGGCCUUCUUGGCUCAGGUUCAUUCAGAUGCCGCGUCCCUGUCUUGUCCCUCCCACUAGGACGGCCCUAGCCGGCCGGGGUCUGGUGGGCCCACAGGCACAUGCACACCACGCUUGCCUGGCCACUGCGUCGGCCACAGAGGGACCAGGACUGCCCCAUUUCCUAGCAUCCGCCCUCCCUGAGCUCAGCUCGGAGGAGGGCUUGGCCCUUGCUUUCCUGGUAAAUCGGGGGCCUGGGUUUCAUUUGGAGAGAACUCUGCCCGUGGCCGAAGCUGGAUUUGCCUGUGUGGAGUCAGUCUAGUGUGAGAGGAGUGGGGUGCAGAGGUAAAGGCCCCGGGCUCCUAGGAAGGGGCUGCCUGUGGUUCUCUUCCCAGGACGAGUACCUGGUCGGCUCCGCUGCCUGCCUCUCCACACCCUCAGGAGAAUUCAGCCACCUCCCAGAAGGCCGGGGAGAUCAUCUGCCGAACGGAAUUUCCUGAUGAGUCCUUGGAAGAGCCCCGAACAUUACACCGGAGCCCAGCCCACAGCCCACAGCCCAGUCCCUGUGACCAGCGGACACUCAUUCUCAGCCUGGGGGCCAGAGUCCAGGGUCAGGGGGUGGCCAGGCCUGUUCCUACUGACGCAGUGAGGAGACUGUGCCCCGGGGCUCCCUCCUGGCUUCUCACUGGUCAUCUUUGUGUCCACAUGGCUUCUCUGUGUCUGCGUGCGUCCAGAUUCCCCCUUUGUGUAGGACAGCAGCCACGUUGGACCCCAGUGCCCUCACUGUGACUCGAUCACCUCUUUAAAACUCUGUCCCCAAAUAAGGUCACAUUCUUAGGUACUGAAGUUAGGACUUCAACAUGAAUUUGGGGGACACAAUUCAAACCGUAACACGUGUAAGGGGCUGGUUAGCUUUGUUGACUUCGUCCUGGGAGACGAGGGCUUGACUAAGGGGUCUCCAGACCAGAAGGGCCUGCUGUGCACCCCUGCCCCUCGCAGGUGGCCCUCAGCGGUAUACCGGGAGUGCUAUCUGUGGCUUACCUGCCUCGUGUCUGUCCCCAGGGUCAGAUCUCUUCCCCCAACCUUAUGUUGCCACUUCCGUCCUUAUUGGAUGUGAGGAAUCUUCGGGAACUGUCUGUGUGCACAUUUCCUAGGAGGAGCUGCCCGGCAGGUUCUGCCAUCAGGGAACACGGGUGCCUGAGCUGAGACCCAGGCCAGCUCGGCGCCCAAAAGGGGCUGUCGCCUUGUGGCUGCCGUGCCUGCUCAGGGCCGAGGGACGCGCGGCUGGCUACUGAGGCGGGAGGGAGGGGACGGGGCUGGACUGACGGCGCGUCACCGAGCGGGUGAUUGCAGUGUGUUCAGGACUGAGUAAGUCCCAGGAGGACUGUCUCAGAAGCUCGUGUCCAGGAGAUCACGUCACUGGAUGUUUAGGCUGACUUCCCAGGUAGCCAUGCUUGAUAAGAGUAAGGAACGGAAAACUUCUAGACAUUCUACUCAGAGACCUCAGGAAGAUGAGUCUGUUCCUCUCUUCAGGCUUCUGUGAGUGAGGCUGGGCACGUUUCGGAGCCCCUGAAAGGGACGGACAGGGCUGGGGGGAGGGGGUGGAGAGUGUGGUCAGGAUGACAAGGGUUCUGGGUGCCUCAGCUCAGCCCUCCCUUGGUCCUGCCCGCUGGCCUCCUGUCCCUUCUCCCCUUCUCAGCAGCGGUCACAGAGAGGUCAGCACCUGCCUUGGGCAUCUUAGGGUUUUGUUUGGUGGACUUCCUAAGUAUCCGGCAUCACGCAGACCCUGCAGCAGGUAUGAAGGAACAGAUGAGCUCAGAGGGCGUAGGUGACUUUGAAGUAGCACGGCUUGUCCUUGGCGGAGCCCGCAGGAGCACUGCACCCCUGCUGGUGCUUGGCAACGGGGCACAUGCCCUCCCCUGCCAGGGAACCCUCCUUCCUGCCUUCACCUCUGCUGCAGACAAGGAUGCUGGGGGCCGGCCCAGGCUCAGUGGUCCAGAUCCAACUCGACCAUAUAGGAAGCUCAAGUCUUUUUUUUUUUUUUUUUUAAGGAUGUGGAAAA